GGUUCCUAUUCGCAUUUUGUUUACCUCUUCAGCCUGCUCUGCUGGAUCAUGCGGCCCCUGUUCAACUCAGAUCCACCCUCGAUUUGACUCCUGGCCAGCCCGUCCAGAUUAGCAUAGGGUUCAACUUCACGCCUGUUCACUGACGACUUUUCCUGGGCCACUAGCAGAUCUCAUCCCAUCAUAUAAAAAGCAGCUCAUUUCUCCUCACUUGCUUUUGAUCAACAAAUUGAUCAUCAACUCUUACUAUAAAUUCCAUCGUCUCCCUUUUCAAUUUACACUACACUAUAUCAAUUUACCAACUAAAUCCCAUCAUCUCAUCAUACCAUUGAUAUACCCCUCAGCUUCUCUUCUCUUCCUCCGCAUUCCUUCUUCAUCGGUUCGAAUCUCUUUGUUGUUGUAGAACAUCUAUCUUACUAUUCAAAGUCCGAUUCACCUUUGUAUCCUCUCACCCUUCUCACCCUCCUCAAACGCAAUGUGGGCAUCUAAACCUAAUCAGCCUACCAAUCUCAGACCCUUGCAGCUAGUCAAGAAACUUUCUCCCGACAGACUCAGGGUUGAUGUGACGUUGACUCCUCUUUCACCCGCAAGUCAACCUACUUCCCCUCAUCAAUCGUGGCGAAAGGAAAUCAAGCUUACCCGGGUUGCGAACCGAGAGAGAAAGAAACUUUCAACUGUCACCACCAGCAGCAGUGGGAGCGACUCGCAGGCAAGCUCCAAAAUACCCCAAACGCCUUGCGAUCUUCCGGUCAUCAGCGGUCAACUAAACCUUCUCGAAGAAAAACUGGAGACUGUCGAGAACCGUAUCACAUCUCGCCAGACUUUAUUCGAUAAUCUCGAGAAGGACAGCACUCGUUUGAACAUUGAACUUCAGAAGGAACUUAAGACUAGCUCAUUCAGUCCUAACAAUCCCGCUACUGAAGUCCAACCAACAAACGACGAAAUCACUGAGGACACAUCCACCAAACCUCCUGCUUCUACCCUGGGCCAAGUGAUUGUCGACGGACCGAGUGUCGCGAGCGGUGCACCUGAUCCCACAACUCAACCCGCUGGAUGGACUGGAUACUUCAAGCUGUGUUAUCGGCGUUGUAGAGCGCAAGAAGAGUCAAGCGAACAGCCCAACAGGAUCAUUCGACUUUCUGAAGCGGGAAUAUCACCUGCAUCAGACGAGGACAACAUUGAGACAUUGAGAUCAUCUUCUUUAUCCUAUGUCAAACAAUCUCCUCUCCUGUGA